AUGUGUGUAACAUUUGUGUACAUUGACCACAAUCCGGACGUAAAGUACAAGCUGAUCCUGUUGAAUAAUCGCGACGAGUUCCUGAGUCGGCCGACCAGCAAUGCCCAGUGGGAGGAUGGCGUUCUUGCCGGGCGUGACGAAAAAGAUUCCAAUUCUCGUGGUACAUGGCUAUGCAUUGAUAAGUCUGGUCGUAUCAGUAAUUUGCUGACAAUCACUGUUCCAAUGCAUCAAAUGAAACGAGAAGCUACUAGUCGAGGUCAAAUUUUAUCGAUAACUUUUGAGGCAUUUUUGUCACUUGGGAAUUCUACACCCGUACUGUCACUGUUGUGCAACGCUGAUGCUGUUAAUCCAAAAAAGCUUAGCACGAAUAAGUCUAAGGAUCUAGAAAACUAA